AACAUGGAUUUGUAGAUAACAGUUAGUCACCGUCAAAGCUCCUCCAGCAAGCGAGUCUACUAUUGCUCGCGUUUCUGGUUUCCUGCAGUUCUUGACUUCUUCUGGAAACCGGCGGGGACAUAUAAGAAAUUCGGACAUCUGAACCUCAUUUCUGAAAUCAGGGGAAAGCGUCUGUCGGCUUGAAGAAAAUUUUUCCCUCUCUCCUGGUUCAUAUCCGGGCUCCCCUCGCAGCAGGAGCCAAACCAAAAGGACUUAGAUGGGUCAUGGCGUUGCAGGUGUAACAUGCAGUAGGCUGCCUCCGCUUCAUCCCGCCAACGUCUUCCCGGCCACUUUCUUCUUUCCUUCAAGAACUCUGCGCGUCCCACUCGCUCAUCACUUCGGGGUUUCUCUAUGUCGUGCUCCUUCACAAAGAAAAUUUUGGUGCUGUACCAGCCAUCUUGGGGAUAGUUCUGAGCUAGGGGAGGAUAGAACUUGUCCUGCGGACUCCCCUCCUCUGCCUCAAUGGAAAUGGCGUCUGGUGAUUGCAUAUGAUGGUACCAAGUACGCGGGUUGGCAGUAUCAGCAAACUCCAGCCACCGUCCAGUCCACCGUGGAGAAUGCCUUAACAAUUGCCACGAAAUUGGGGCGACGUGAACUUGGUUUGGUUGGGGCAAGUAGGACUGACACUGGAGUUCAUGCAUGGGGUCAGGUUACACACUUUGUGACGCCUUUUCCUUAUGACACUCUAGUGGAACCGCAUGCUGCACUUAAUGGAAUACUUCCUCCUGACGUUCGAGUGAGAGAAAUUAGUCCUGCAUUGCCUGAGUUUCAUGCUCGCUUUGCUGCACACAGCAAAAUUUAUCAUUAUAAAAUAUAUGCUGCAGCUGUCAUGGACCCAUUUCAGCGAUUUUAUGCCUAUCAUUGUGCCUUCAAACUCAAUGGUGAUGCUAUGAGGGAAGCUGCAAAAUAUUUCAUCGGAAAGCAGGACUUCUCUGCCUUCUCUAAUGCUCAGCACAAUGAUAGGAAGCUUGAUCCUGUUAAGGAGAUUUUUCGUUUUGACGUUAUUGAAAUGGGUGAUCUUUUGCAGCUUGAGGUUGAAGGUUCUGGUUUCUUGUAUAAGCAGGUUCGGAACAUGGUCUCCUUGCUGAUUCAAGUUGGGAAGGAAGCACUCCCUCCAAAUAUUGUCCCUGAAAUUCUGGGAACCCGCGACCGAAGGGAACUUGCAAAGGUUGCUGCCACUGCCCCACCUCAUGGACUCUGCCUUGUAUCUGUCAACUACAGCCAAGAAAUCCUCCAGUCUCCACCCGGUUCUCCGCCCAUUAGUUUUGGCAGGACUCAUCAACUAACCAAAUGUAAGCUUCCAUUUUACUAAUUACCAGCUGUUUAUAUGGCUCAUUUGCCAAAUAAUUUUUUCAAAUCUCUAUCAUAUUCUUUAGUAUUCCUAUUGUGAAUUUUAA